CUACCCAACUUCAGCCUUCAUCACGUUCGGGUUAUGCUCCGUCAUCAAUCUUCCAGUUCUCCGCGGUCUUAUCCAGUAUAGCAAGCGAGGAUGGAUUUUGAGAUUUGGCUUCCUGAGGUAUCUCAGGAUUCGGGACAAUCGCUUGAUGUCCCUAUGAGUCAAUUACCUCUUCAACAUCUUUACGAGCCCAUGUUACAAAGUGGAUCAUCCUAUUCCGAGAUAGCAUUUGGAACCCCAACGGAAACAAGACCUGCUAGGACAAAAAGGCGACCGCACACAAAGUCCCGCCAAGGUUGUCUGAACUGCAAGGCCAGAAAAGUCAAGUGUCAAGAAACACAGCCUGACCCGUGCUGUAACUGCGUGGGCCGGAAUAUGGUGUGUGUUUAUCCAUCUAAAGACCAGCUCUUACGCCGUCGUCGACCCAUCUCAAGUGAAGAGCCCCGCGGACGACAGGAACAGGGCGAUGAAACUGUAUCUAGCAUUCCUACUGCAUCACCACUGACAGGAUGGAAGAAUCCUUCAUACCAUCCUCCGGGUGCCUUUUCCACGGACGACCUGCGAUUCUUACAUCACUUCUUGAUCACCGCAUACCCGCAUCUCCCUUUUGGGAGUGAAGACCUAUGGCAGACGUCUCUGCCAGCAUAUGCGCACGAGGUAGACAUCCCCUUUCCUUGUUUGAGCUUAUUUCUUGAAAUGAAAAACGUGUGUAUGCUGACAAACUGCGGACAGUGUCCACAUCUGAUGCACUCGAUUCUCUGCCUAGGAGCUUCUCACCUGUCCCGAAUCACACCAAAUGGCGCUAUAUAUACACCUAUGGCCAUAGCACAUAGAGGCAGGGCGCUUAAAGCAUUAGGUGAAGCACUCGCAAAAAGCGACCAGUGCACCAGAGCCGAGCUAGAUUUGAUGUUAGCCACUACUUACGCGCUUACAUUCCAAUCUAACUACAUGGAAGACGGACUGGUCGAUUUCGUUGUCAUGGUUCGAGGCUGCGCGAUUAUCACCAUGCGUAUCCUGAAUAUGUACAAAGGGAGCGAGAUGUUCGACUCCCUUACGGUGGAAGCUAUCUAUACCCGUGUCCUCCCACUUCUCCCACUGACUACAUGCUGCGAUGGAGAUAUGCUGGAAUUUUGUAUCUUGACACUCGAAAGUAUCCAACCACUGCUGAAGUCUAGCAGCCAUAGGAUCACCUACCAGGCUAUCCUGAACAUAUAUACGGGAUUGCAGCAGUCCGCUCGAGCAGGAUUUAUCGCUUUGAGCGAGUUCUAUAAUGGCUGGGAAAGAAUGGGGAAUCAGGAAUUCAUGGAGUUUGUGGAUCCCACAAAUCACGUCUCGCAACUGCUACUCCUUCAUUUCGUUGCGAUAACGGUCAUGAUGUGGCCCAUUUUUUGUAUACUGCGGCCGUCGAUGCUGAAGGCACCGAUGGCUAACCUUACUCCUUGUCAAUGGGGUGUCGCCAUUUACCAAAAUUUGCCUUUGGAGAUGCGUGAGUUGGUGGAGUGGCAGGCAACUUAUAUUGCCUCGGGUGGAGCCAUAAGUAAUGCAAUUGGGAACUGA